AUGACAUCACGUGGUUUUUUAUCGGGUAUCAAGUCUCUCUUCACCGUCCCUGAGUUCAAGGAGUCCCUCACCCUGCUGGAUUUCGCGAACGCGUACGACAUUCAAAAGGUCAUCACAAGAUGCGACCAAGAAUUGGGUGGAUACUCUACUGUGAACAUGGAUGUUGCUAGGGACACAAAACCAAACGGGGAAAGGACGGCAUGUGCUCAUUUCCACGGAAACCUCAGUCUGAACCUGCCCAAGACGAGACCAGACGUCUCGCAGAGUGGAUGGGCUAUGUGGAGGACAAAAAACAAGAAUAAUUACCAGCACAAAAUUGCAUACAUUUCUGAUCGAUUCGCAAAUUUUUGGUGGGAUUUCGGGCCGUACCAGGCAAUGGUGCUCAGGUUAAAGACUGAUACGCCUCACCGUAAGUUCUUGCUGAAUGUGCAAACGGAUACUAUGUCUAGAACGGACCUGUUCCAGCACAGACUAUUUCUGAAUACGCCUGGAAAAUGGGAAACGGUGAUUCUACCGAUUGACGACUUUGUGCUUACAAACAGAGGUUUUAUUCAGAAGCAAUAUCAGGGCGAAAUGGAGAAGGAUCGGAUCAAGUCUGUUGGGAUGGGUAUCCUGGAUAAGCAGUAUGGGUAUUACUCGUUGUACAUUGAGAGUAUAAAAGUGAUGACUGGAAAUGCUUUGGCUGAGGCUAUACAGUUGGCAAGAGAAGAAAAUAUCGGCGUCGAGCGUUAUAAGCCUGAGAUUGCUGAAAAGGAGUCAAAGAAUGAGACUUCACCUCUACCUUCGACAUGA